UUAGCUAACGGAUCUAACUUGGCGUCGUCGUAUGAUUAUAAUAAAUUUUUCAAGCUGCAAAAACGCACUGGAACUCAACAAUUCGCUUCUAGAAAUGUACUUUGUUGCACUAAGCAAUAGUAUAGUGUACGCCGUGAAUUGGACUAUAUUAUUUACUACGAUAGAAGCGUAGUAAGGAAUGUAUGUGGAAUAAACCGGGACUUCGGUAACAUUUGUUUACUGCGGUCGUUACAGAUAGCAAACCAUCUCUACCGUGGUAAACAAUGGAUUUGCGUGCCCGGUUCAACCGUUCAUCAUUAUCCAUUUGUAUGAAUAUGUACCUUCCAAACAUGUUUCAAAUCAUAAACAAUUCACUUUACAUUUUAUUUUAACUUUAUUUUUUAAUAAAUACCUAAAUGAAAACAAAUUAGGAAUCAAGCAUAAUGGCAUAACAAAACAACUGAGAUAAUUUUUACAUCCGAACUGAAUUAACCCAGCCUUUGCAUUUGAAUUAAACUGUUCAUUAAGUUGAUGCAAGUUCACAGUAGAUACAUAACGAAAUAUCUUAGGGUCAAUUAGGUAAUUACACGAGUUGAAACGUAAUUAGGAGAAAUUAACUCGAACAAGACGUCCAUCACGAUCAUUAAAGAAAGCUUUUAGUUAUUAUAUAUCUCUGGGUGUUCGAAACGGAAGGUUUUCUUGUUCUAAUUACACAAUAUUUAUUAGUUGACACGAUAUGAUAACGAAAUAUAGUCGUGUAGAUUAGGUGUUUUCCCAGGAAAAAAGUGUGUCAUACACAUUCAUCGAAAGUAUUCGUUCAUUAUUAGUCACUAAUAAUUCGUUCAUAAUUAGUCACUAAUAAACAGCACUGGCAAUUGCAUCGAAGUACUACCACAUGGUUUAUUGCUAGCAUGCCGUGCAGACUGCGGUUUAAAAUAUAGUGGGUCCACCUUGUAAUGACGUCAGCCAGGUAUAGGUAGACGAAGCAAACUCUGACGUGACGAAGCGCUGGCCCCAGGUAAACGUAAACAAGCAAAUAUGGCGGUCCCGCGACAACAACAGAUCGAACUUGUGUUAUUAUUUGUGAUAGUGUUUGUGAGUGAUAUUAUUCUAGGGCAGUACGAUCAAUGGGGUUACGGUUAUCCGCAAAUACCACCUAACCAACAGAACCCAUAUAACAUUUAUGGCCAAGAAAAUUAUAAUAAUGUGCCUUACAAUAUACCCAACCCUGGCGAUAAGGAUUAUAGAACCUUUGUUUAUAAAGGGCGAAGGUAUGGACAGCAAAACAAUUACCAUUAUGGAACCCCUGGGGAUCCGAGGAUCAGUGGGCAAGAUGAUAGAUUUUUCUAUGAUAGGCAAGGUAACGCCGAACCGAUCCUUCCAGGAAUACUUGGCUCUUGGCGAGAAGACCUCCAAGGAAAGAGAAGAGAACAAACAAAAGAACUUGCAAGGGAUAUAUUUGUGAAAACGACCCACGGAGAAGUGCAAGGUUUCCAAGUAUACCUUUUUGACGAUCCUAAUCCGGACUCUCUAUAUCGACCUGGAUCUGAAUUUAUUGAGAGGCAAAUGGGGAUUUCUAGUGUCUUUUUGGGAAUUCCUUAUGCGCAGCCUCCCAUAAAUGAGGGAAGAUUUAAGCCUCCAAGACUUCACAGAGGUUGGCAAUUGGUACAAGCAGUUGAUUUUGGACCAGCCUGUCCACAACCAGCCAGAUACACUGGAUCUACUUUAGGAGUUAGAGAUAUGGAUGAAGACUGUUUAUAUUUAAAUAUUUUUGCUCCAAAUAUUAAUGAAGGAAUAGCACAAAAAUAUCCGGUUAUGGUCUAUAUUCAUGGAGGGGACUUUAUUCAUGGGGCUUCCAAUCUAUUUCCAGGUCACAUUAUGGCCACCUUUUACAAAGUUGUCGUUGUAACUUUAAAUUAUCGCCUGGGAGCUUUAGGAUUUUUGAGUACAGGGGACGUUAACUCGCCAGGAAAUUAUGGUAUUUUGGAUCAAGUAAUGGCCUUAAAAUGGGUAUACGAAAACGCUGAAAAAUUUAAUGGUGAUAGGGAUAGUAUUACUUUGUUUGGACCAGGAGCUGGUGCAGCAUCUGCUGGACUUUUAAUGGUAGCUCCACAGACAAGAAAUAUUGUUACUAAGGUCAUUGCCCAGAGCGGUUCUUCAGCAGCAGAUUGGGCAAUGAUAUUUGACAGAUACAGAGCACAAAAUACUAGUAGGGUUUUUGGAAGACAAAUGGGUUGUAGCACAGAAUCUUCAUGGAGGCUAGUUAAUUGCCUUAAAAAUUCAAGAAGUGCCUUCGAAAUAGGAAACGCUGAGUUUCCUCCUGAGGUUGGAUUAUUCCCUUGGGCUCCUGUGAUAGAAAUGAAUGUAACAAUGCCUUAUUACGAGGGUUGGUACGAAAGCGAUUGGCAUUUUAUUGAUGAAAGUGUAGAGAGUUUAAUUAAAAAGCGGAUGUUCAAUCCAAAUUUGAGAUAUAUGAGUAGUGUUACUUUACAAGAGGCAGCUACUUUUAUAACAACCAAUAGAAGUCUAGAACCAUAUUUCGAAAUUGACCAGCAAUAUUUUGACCAGAAAGUUAUGGAGUUAGUACUCAGAUAUAAUUACACUUUAAAUCCCAAUGGUACUUUUGAUGCUAUUAAGUACAUGUACACCUACUGGCCUGAUCCUAAUAACAGAACAAUGAUAAGAGAAAAAUACAUCCAACUAUUAUCUGAUUUUUUAUAUACAUCUCCCAAUGAUAAAAUUGUUAAAUUACUACUAGAACAAAAUGUUCCAGUUUAUAUGUAUGUCUUGAAUACAACUGUUGAAUCAUUUAGAUUACAAGAAUGGAGGAAAGUUCCUCAUAAUAUAGAGCAUUAUCUUUUAUGUGGAGCUCCUUUUCUGGAUACAGAAAUGCUACCGGCAAAAGAACGAUUUACUCGAAGCCAGUGGACGAAUAAUGACAGAAACAUGAGUCAUUUCUUUAUGAGAGCAUAUACAAAUUUUGCUAGAUACGGCAAUCCCACCUAUACUCAAAUAUUGGGAAUUCAUUUUGAAGAAAGUAAAAAUGGACAGUUGAAAUAUUUAAAUUUGAAUACCACUUAUAAUUCGUCUAUAAUGUGGAACUUUAGACAAACGGAAUCAGCGUUUUGGAGUAUGUAUAUUCCUCAACUUGUUGGGCAUUUGGUUCCUACAUAUCCACCAACAACAGAGUUUUGGUGGGAACCCAGAACGCCUCUACAAGUAGCUUUCUGGACUAUGUCUGGGUUUUGCUUGCUAUUAAUAGUACUAUUGGUACUAUGUUGUAUGUUAUGGAGAAACGCAAAGAGAUCCAAAGAUAGGUACUACGAUCCAUACUUGUACCCAUCAGACAAUGAGAAUGAGGACGGUAUCGAAAAUACCAGAGAUCCAGUUGGGUUUAACGAUAAAUUUCGGAGUCAAGUUGUGCCUGCACGAACAAAUAGUGCAUCUUCAUUACAGACAGUUUCCUUAAAAGAACUGCAAGGUUUUGUAACGCCAAGUCCCACUGGUGAAUAUCCAAGAAAGGGGACGCCAGUGUUGCAAACAAGAAAUAGAAGCAAAUCUCAGACAGCCAUAUCACAGGGGGUGCCACAGACAGAUGUGUAGUGAAUAAGUGACAAUUUCAACGAACAACGAAUUUUUUGUGUGAUCAAGUUUUUCAAUUCUUACAAAUAAGUUUUAUUUAUUUUGAUUAAACUUCAUUCAUAAAUAUGUCAACUCCUAGUCAGCAUAAUAUACCUAUUUCAGUUUUGGAAAGGCUCUUCACAUAGGUACAUACCUAUCUGCCGAAAGAUAGGUACUGAUGGAAUUUCUUGAAAUUUGCCAGUUUAGAUUUAAUGUUUUCAAUAACAUUAGAGUUAUUCCUACUUUUAAUAGGUGUUGUGGAGAAAUUCUUCAACAACCUUGUCCUUUUCAGUUUUUCAACUGAAGCAGAUUUUUCUUUUGCUAAUGCAUCUACUGACAAAGCGCUUAUAGAUAGGUACCAAUAAAUAACAUUUUUUACAGUUUCUUAUUAUUUAUAUGUAUUUUUAAAAUUAAUAUAGAGUUUGAUAGAGACAGAAAAUUGGAAUUUAGUUUGGUUGACAAAAAUGACUUAUGUACCGAGUAAUCCAAAGAGGACAGAUAAGAGCACUAUUUCUUAUGUCUGUUUAGUGGGAUCACCUUGGAAAAAACUAUUUGUCACAAAUUACUUUGCUUUUGUGAAUUUUUGUCUAGAUCCGACGUAAUAUCCAUUAAGAGUAUGCGCACACUCAUGUGAGAUACUAAAUUAUUUUAAAUUUUUUGUCUGUGAAUGUCAAAUUGUGUCCGUCCAAUUUGUUAUCUAUUUAAGUACAUACAAUAAUAGUUCUAGAUUUUAUAUAAGAUGUUUGUUUAGGAUUCAAUACUAAAUAUAAUUUAUAUACAGGGUGUCCCAAAAAAAUUCCGACAAACUUUAAGGGGUAGUAGGGGACAUCAAAACAAGCAUUUUUGUUUAUAUAAACAUAUGUCCGCAAAUGAGCCAUUUGGGCUGUAGAGCAAAAAAACUGUUCGAAACUUUAUUCUUCGCAAUAAUUAAAUCACUGUUUACUUAUUAAUUUUGCUUUAUUAACUAACAAAUUAUGGUUUAGAAUAAUUGUUCAAAAUGUGGACCAUUUACUUCAAUGUAAAGAUUACACCGUCGGGUCAUUGACUGAAAAGUUUAGUCAACAAAACACCUGUUCGUAAUGAGGAAGAUCUGAUAGCAAGGAAACUGGCGAGUUGUAGCCAUGUAGAAGCUAUUCCCGGAAUAAUCCAAAGAGUUCGCGAGUUGAAGAAUUAUUGUAAACCAUAAUUUAUUUGCUAUUAAAGCAAAAUUAAUAAGUAAACAGUGAUUUAAUUAUUGCGAAGAAUAAAACUAGAUACCAAACAGUUUUUUUGCUCUACAGCCCAAAUGGCUCAUUUGCGGAUAUAUGUUUAUAUAAACAAAAAUGCUUGUUUUCAUGUCCCCUACUACCCCUUAAAGUUUGUCGGUAUCUUUUUGGGACACCCUGUAUAUAUCGGCAGUAUAUUGAAAUAUUCAAUAAAAUGUGUGCAAUGGAGAAUUUUGAUCAGAAAAUAGAUUUGUAGGUAGUGAUUGAAGCUUUUGCUUAUAUUUUUUGCAACCAAAGAUUUUUUUAUAAUUAUUGCCGUACUUAUAACAAAAUUUUAAACAAUAAAAUUGUUUAUUGUAAUAUACUUACCGAUCUCAAAUAA